AUGCGUCCUCAACUUCAGUGGCUCCUUCUGGCACUAAUUGGCCUCCUCCUUCCUCUGAUGCUGGUGGCUGCUACUACCCCAUCGCAGCCUCUUGCCGGAGGUUGGAAGCCCAUAGCCAAAGAGAACAUCAUCGACCCUCGUCUGAAGUUGAUGGCAGACUUCACAGUGUCCAUGUACAACCUGCGAACCCACAAGAAGUUGUUCGUUGUGAGAGUCGUCUGCGGCGACACCCAAAUUGCCGCGGGCCAGAACUAUCGGCUUGUCGUUUUGGCCAAGGAUGGACAAUCGUUGCCUAACUCCACCAUAGAUCAUGCCCAUUAUGAGCUUCGUGUCUAUGAGAAGCUUUGGGAGGAUCUUUGGAAAUUGGUCUCUUUUGUCAACUCGACAAUUGAACAAAAUUAA